AUGCUCCCCAACAGAUCGCCUGAUCAACUCAAGAGUGUUCGAGUUGUCAUGGUGAAUGAGAAAACGAGGAUGAGGGUUUCGCUGAGGUACCCAAGCAUUUACUCUAUCCGAGCGUACUUGAACGACGGGUCUGGGUGUUCUGGGCCAGAAGUAAAGCACAUUCCCAUGCUGGACGAGAAAUGUAUAAUCGGAGCGGAAGUUGCAGGGGAGGCUCUUUAUCGACGAAUUCUACCUGACGAGGUAGCGAAGAAAAAAUGGGACUGGAAUUUCUGGGCAGUUCCUUCUGUUGCAUCCCAGAACUUCUCGAAUCUCCGCCUAAAUGGUUCCCCAUCUACAAAAUACGAUGGUGGUAAGGCUUUACUCUUGUCGGAGCUCAAGACUACCGGGAUAGUCAACUGGGGUCAACGCCGGAAAGUUAGGUUCAUGGGCAGGCAUGUGGAGGAUAAGGAAGAACCAUCUGAUUCGAUAGGGGGAGAUGAUAAGGAAGACGGAAGUGAGGAGGAAGAAGAACAGAGUGAUCCGGCGAUUAGUAAAGAGGAAUGUGAGGAAGAAGAAGAAGAAAUAGAGCAGGUCAUUGUGAAGGCUAAGUCGAGAGAAUGCAGGGAGAAUCUCAAAAGAAAGAAGAAUCAGUUACCGUCUUCUACAAUCCAGCUGAGGAAGCGGGCAAAACAGGGAAAGAAUAAGAGUCAGAUUGUUGUUUAUAGGCAGACGAAGAAGAAGGUGGUGAAAAAUACAAUUGACAGAUGGUCUGCUGAAAGGUAUCAACUAGCUGAGGUGAACAUGUUGAAGAUAAUGAAAGAGGAGAAGGCAGGGUUUGGCAACCGAAUGUUAAGGCCAGUAUUGAGAGCAAAAGCUAGGAGGCUGAUUGGAGAUACUGGUCUGUUGGAUCAUCUGCUGAAGCAUAUGGCAGGGAAGGUGGAGCCAGGCGGUGAAGAAAGGUUCAGGAGGCCAAUCUGCUAGACUUAAGGAGGGAGGCUGGAGUGCAAGAUCCAUACUG